AUCUCAAACUACUCAUCAGCUAAGCUUGAUACAUUUUCUUUCAUCCAACAAGAACAAAUGGCCGAUGCAAUCCUCUAUGGCGUUGUCCAGAAGAUCAUUGAAAGCUUGGGCUCCUCCACUCUCAAAAAGAUUCGAUCGAUCAGGGGUGUCCAAGAUGAGCUCGAAAAAAUGAACAACACUGUUCUCACAAUUCAAGCUGUACUUGAAGAUGCAGAGGAGCAGCAGGUGAAGAACCACCAAGUCAAGGACUGGCUCAUGAAGCUCAGAGAUGCAGCUUUUGAUGCGGAUGACUUGUUGAGCGAGUUCUCCACUUAUGUGUUGCAGCAAGAGGUGAUGGAUGGUCAUAAAAUUGCAAAGAAGGUACGCACUUUCUUUUCUAGUUCAAAUCAACUGGUUUUUGGUAAUGAGAUGGCUGGCAAACUAAGUGCUAUGAGGGAGAGGUUUAAUGAUAUAGCGAGUGAUAGGCACAAUUUCCAAUUGAUAGAGCGUCCUUUAGAGACACGGGCUGUGAGUAGGGAGAGGGAAACUCACUCGUUUGUACGUGACAAAGAAGUUAUCGGGAGAAAGGAGGAUAAGAAGGCCAUCAUAGGUCUAUUGCAAGACUCUGAUGCGAAAGAAAAUGUUUCGUUCAUAUCCAUAGUAGGAAUUGGUGGGCUUGGGAAGACCACGCUUGCUCAAUAUGUAUACAAUGAUGAGACAGUCAAGGCACAUUUUGAAUUGAAAAUCUGGGUGUGUGUUUCUGAGGUCUUUGAUGUGAAAACCAUUGUUGAAAAUAUAAUUAUAUCUGCAACUGAUGAAAAACCUAAAAGCCUUAUAAUGGAACAUUUGCAAAAUAAACUUCGCGAAAUUCUCAAUCAAAAGAUGUAUUUACUUGUGUUGGAUGAUGUGUGGAAUGAGAAUGAAGAUAGAUGGGAUGAAUUGAGAACUCUUUUGUUGGGUGGUAAAAGGGGAAGUAAGGUGGUGAUAACUACACGGGCCAAAUUGGUUGCAGAUCUUACUAGCUCAAUCUCACAAUAUCCUCUAGAGGGCCUGUCAGAUGAUCAAUCUUGGGCUUUGUUGAAGCGAAUGGCAUUUGAAGAAGAGCAAGAGACCAUCAGUACUAACUUUAAAGCAAUUGGUAUGGAUAUACUAAAAAAAUGUAAGGGAGUGCCUCUUGCUAUAAAGAUAAUAGGACGGGUCUUAAAUGACAAAAAAACAGAAGCUGAAUGGUCAUACAUCAAGAAUAUUGAACUCUCAAAGGUACCUAAGUUGAAAGAUGGUAUUAUGCCGGUUUUAAAAUUGAGUUACGAUCAUCUCCCAUCAUAUUUGAAAUGUUGUUUCGCAUAUUGUUCAUUGUUUCCCAAAGAUUAUUUGAUUGAUAAGUUGACAUUGAUACAAUUAUGGAUAGCACAGGGGUUUAUCCAAUCACUAGAUGAGAACUUACUAUUAGUGGAUGUUGCCAAUGAUUACUUCAAGGAGCUACUUUGGAGAUCCUUCUUCCAAGAAGUAGAAGAAGAUGAAGGCAUGACUAGUAGGUUUAAAAUGCAUGAUUUAAUCCAUGAUCUUGCGCAAUAUGUAUCAGAGACUGAUUGUACACUGGUUGAUACCAGUGCAAAAAAUGUGAAAGAAACGGGACACCAUCUAUCGUUUCCAUUUUACAAUGUUUCAUUCUUUGAGGAGAAUUUAAAUACGUUGGUUAAAGCAAACAAGAUACGGACAUUUAUAUUGGCAUAUAACAAGUGGGAAUAUGAUCAGGGAACAAUUGAAGAAUCAACUCUCAAAAAACUUAUUUCUACUUUUAGAUACGUGCGUGUGUUAGACCUACAUGGUUUAAAUAUGAAGAUGUUGCCAAAUACUCUAGGUACUUUGAUGCAUCUAAAGUACCUUGAUCUUUCCUCUAAUGAUAUUGAGGUUCUCCCUAGUUGUAUUAUUAAAUUGGUGAAUUUGCAAACAUUAAAGCUCUCUAGAUGUAAAAAGCUUAGAGAGUUACCCGUAGAUAUUCAGAAAUUGGUCAGCCUCAAGCACCUUCACAUAGAUGGUUGUGAGAAUUUGACUCAUAUGCCAUGUGGAUUAGGGCAAAUCACUUCUCUUCAAACAUUAACCUUAUUUGUUGUGAGUAAGGGUUCUGUAGGUUCUUUCAAGCAUUGCGGUGGGCUAGCGGGAUUAAAGAAGCUAAAUGACUUGAGAGGAAAAUUAGAGAUUAAAAAUUUGGCAUGGGUGAAAGAUGCUUCCUCAGAAUUCAAGGUUGCAAAUUUGAAGGAGAAGCAGCAUCUCAGUGAGUUGGAAUUAAGCUGGAAUUUGGAGGGUGAUGAUGCCGUAGAUACCUGUGAUGAUGAAAAUUCCAUGGAUGGCCUCCAACCACAUCAAAGUUUAAAAUCUUUGAACGUGAACGGGUACAUGGGUGUGAGGUUUUCUAGUUGGCUUUCAUUCUUAACAAAUCUCGUUGAAUUAAGAAUAUACAAUUGUAAGAAGUGCCAAUAUUUGCCACCGUUGUAUCAACUCCCAUCUCUCCGACAACUAAUUAUUUCGAAUAUGGAUGGUCUGGAGUACAUGACAGACGGGGAUAUGAAUGAUGAGAUAUCUGCUUCACUGGCAUCACCAUCAACAUUUUUCCCAUCCCUUGAGGAUCUCCGUAUCGGUGGUUGCCUCAAUCUAAAGGGAUGGUGGAGGAGUGUGGAUAAGGGGAAUGAGGCAACAACGACAUCAACAAUAUCAUCAUCAUCAUCAUCAACUAAUCACAUACCCUUGCCCUCCUUUCCGCGUCUUUCUUGUUUUUAUCUUUGGAAUUGCCCUAAGAUGACUUGCAUGCCGCUAUUUCCAAAUCUUGAAAAGAAGCUUUAUUUAUGGAAUAGCAGUUUGAAGGCGUUGGAAGAGACAAUAGAGAUGAAUAAUAGGGGAGGAAGGGCUUCUUCAUUUCCGUCCUCUUCCUCUUCCUCCUCCUUCUCCCCUCCUCUCUCCAAAUUAAAGAAAUUGGAGUUGUGGCAUAUACAGGAGUUGGAGUCUCUGCCAGAGGAGUGGUUUAAAAACCUAACUUCUCUUGAGACAUUACAGAUUAGGAACUGUCCCAAUCUGACGUCACUUCCCGAAGGGAUGAGUCACCUCACCUCUUUACAUACCCUGAAUAUCAUCACUGGCUGUCCCCAAUUAAAGCAAAGAUGCGAGAAUGAAAAUGGAGAGGAUUGGGAUAAGAUUUCUCACAUCCCAAAUCUUAGAAUAUAUUGAACUACUGCAUACGCUUCCCUGAAAGAACAACAGGAUUUCAAAUGGGAAGAAGAAAGUAGAUUUUUUGAAGAGCAAAGCAAACUUUUGAAAGGGUGUCGGCAAGAACGGGGGACGAUUGGUAAAAACUUCUCACAUCCUAGGGGCAGCAUUUGUGAAUCUUAUAUUUGUUACAAAUUUUGUAGAGAGAGACUGUGUGAAGGUCUAAGAAGUGUGUGAUUUCCAUGUGCAGUGGUUCCAAGUGGAAACCUUCUAAAGCAGGUUUCAUUGUGGGCAAUGAAUUUGAGAAACAAGACAGCAACAUCAUUUCAAAUUUUCUUGAAUUAUUGGGCCUUGAUGAUUUAAUUGGUUUCAAAAGUCCUAUGGAAGAAGAAUGUCAUGAUAUUGAUGAAGUAAGUUUUUGGUAUAGGAGGAGAAUUGGGUCAAAGAUGAUGGGAUUUAAAGAGAAGAUAGCCCUCCUGAUUGCUACCAUGUUUGAAAGCAAGGCCCUACCAACUGGUGCAAGUCUACCAAUGCACUGUGAAGCCCCUCAUGCGGUCACGCCCGCCCGCUGCACUCAGACGUGGGGUUUUGCUCUGCUGCCAUUGAAUAAAGACUUUCAUGUGACUCUUCCUAACACCUUAAGGUUUUGGGAGCAUUGGUUAGCAUCAUGGCCAUAACAAUAUUGACUUGAAUGAGCAGCAUAUGUGAAUCUUAUAUUUGUUACAAAUGUUGUAGAGAGAGACUGUGAAGAUCUGAGAAUAGUGUGAUUUCCAUGAGCAGUGGUUCCAAGGGGAAACCUUCUGAAACAGGUUUCAUCAUGGGCAGUGAAUUUGAGAAACAAGACAGCAACAUCAUUUCAAUAUUUCUUGAAUUCUUGGGCUUUGAUGAUUUAAUUGGUUUUAAAAGUUCUAUGGAAGAAGAAUGUCAUUAUAUCAAUGAGGGAAGCUUGUGGUAUGGGAGGAGAAUUGGGUCAAAGAUGAUGGGAUUUAAAGGGAAGACAGCCCUCGUGACUGCUACCAUGUUUGGAAGCAAGGGUGUGUUGAAUUAUGUAAUGGAAACCAGUUGUGUUGAUGUUAACCUGGCUUGUGGUUUAAAUGGGCUUCUGCACUGCCUUUUUGUUGCUGCUGUGGACUUUGCUAUUUCAACCACCAUUGGCAAGGACAUGGUCCAAUGUGUACCAAAGUGGUAUCAGAGCAUGACGAUGGACAAGAGUGUAGUUUAACAAAAUGUUAGUUCUCUCAUGACUAAGUUGGCGACAAAUGCUUAAGAGAAUCACAGGGAUUUAAGCCAUGCUCGAGCACGCUCUUCCACACGGAAGGACAGAGAAGCACACCUUGCUGCUUCAAGGAAUCGCUCAGAGGGAAGAGGACAGCAAGUGGGAAAUCACUGUGAUCGUGGCUGUACUGUAGAAGAAGAUGGAGACGUCAUUAUGGAUUUAGAGCAAAUGGAUAAGCAAGAAACACCAGGUUUCUCACUGCAUGCCAUUAGUGGUGACCAAUGCACCCAAGACGAAGAAGUGUCAGGAAAUCAGGAGUGCCCCCUGCAGAAAAGUAUUGUUGCCCUUCGAAAAUAAUUUCGCAAGGAAAAAAUGAACAGCAAAGCUUUCUUCCACCAAUGUUCUCUAGAAGAAGUUAUUCAGAACCCAGGAAAACAAAAUCCAGCUUUUGGUUCAAAUUGAAGGUGGUGAUAUUUCCCUUUUCCUCUAGAAUUUUGAAAUUGGUUUCUGUUGAUUAACUAGAGCAUUGGAGAAAGCUUCAGCCUUUUCCUGCCCAUAGGGGAUCUUGCCAUUGAUCAGACUACUUUCAUUACUGAGUUGUGAGUUUUUUAUUAAAGGAGUGGAAGGAAAAGAUACAUCCAUUGGGAUGGAAAAGAAAGGAAAGAAUUUGUUGUGUCCAUU